UAAAACAUAUAUUUAAAAAAUAAUGACAGAAUCACAAAUAACAAAAAAAACAGGGACAGAUAAAAAACAGAUAAUAUAAAAACAACAUAAAUUCUUCAUUAACAAUAUAAACACUGUAGUAGGUUAAGCAUUAGUUGAAUCAUUGAGAAACGAUCACGAAAAUGAUGAAAACCCUCAUUUGAUUUUAGGCUCUUUGGAUAAACAAGAAUAAAAUGAAAUUCCAAGAGGAAUUUAUAAAAUAAUUGAUACAGAGAAAAUAUCAUAAUUUACAAAAAUAAUUCUUGAAUGUGAUGUUAUUAUAUAUGAUUUAAGUAAUUGUGACUUAGAUGAAGCCGAAUUUAUAAUAAAAAGUAAAUAAUAAAACAUUAAGUUACAAAUAUAGUUUGUUAUAAAAUAAAAAAUAGUUUUAAAAAUGGGUUAAUUUAAAGAAGAUAAAAUUCUUAUUUACAUAUCAAAUGUAAUGACAUGGUCAAACACAUAAUUAAAAAUAAGAGAAAAAAAAGAUAACGAAUAAAUAAUAGACGAAGAAGGUUUAGAAGAUAUAAAAAGUGAUAAUGAUGAAUUAUUUGAUGAUGAUGAUAAUUAAAAAAAAAAAAUUUUUAAAUAUACAGAUAAGGAAUUUACUUUACGAAGACCUCUACCAUAAUAUGAAUUUUAAAAAUAAUUAGAAAAUAUGUGUCUAUAAGCAGGAAAUGUGAAAUCUAAUUUAAAAACUUAUGUUUUAUGUUCAGGGAUAAAAUAUGGAAAUGAUCAUAGUGUUAAAAAUUCAUAAGCAAAUAUUGUUCAAGCCAUAAGUAAAGCUAUAGGAACAGGCUAAACAAAACAUAUUGAUAUUUCUUAAGCAGCUUUAGAAGUAGAAAAUUUUGAUAUUUUUACACUUGAUUUGAGAUUAAAACCUAGUAAAAUAUUCGAAAGUGCAGAAUAUUAAGCCGAAUUAGUUACUGAAGAAAAUUAUACUACUGGAGUUGAAGAUAGAUAUGCUAAAAAUGACUUUGAAUGGAAUUACAAGGAUGGAUUAGUAGCUAAUAUUGGAAAAUUAAACAAAGAGUUUAAUGAAUAUAGAGGCUUAAGAUCUAAUAAGAUAUUUAUUUAUGGUCCUCCUGCUUCUGGAAAGACUACCAUAAGUUAAAAAAUAAGUCAGAAAUUUAAUAUUCCACAUAUUUAAAUAUAAUAUGCAAUUGAGUAAGCUAAAAAUUUAAAUAGUUAGUUAGGAGAUGAAGUACGUAAAUAUUUGGAAGAAAAAAGAGAAGAAUUAGUUGAAAAAGCAUUACAAGAAUUCGAAAACGAGAAAAAAAAGAAAAAGAAAUCUAAAGGUGAGCCUGAAGUUGAAUUCGAUUCUUCAAAAGUAGUGGUAAAAUUAAGUGAAGAGUUAGUUUUUAAAAUUUUCAAAUGGCGGCUCUCUUUACCUGAUUAAGAAAAAUAAGAAGAAAAUUUUAAUUAAGUUGAAGAUUCACUUUUACCUGAAAAUGUUAUUUUUCUUGAAGGAAAUGAAGAAUUUAUUAGAUAAAGGAUUAAAGAAAUUCCUGAAGAUAAAUUGACAAAUAUCCAUUAUAAUGAAGAAGGUAUGAAUAGAAGAUUUACUUUAUAUAAAUAAUAUAAUAAUGCUACUUAAGGAAAUUAAGUUUUGUCCGAUUUCUUUUAAUAAAAUAAUAUUGAAACUUUUAAGGUUGAUAUUUAAGAUGAAAAUUUGUUCGAAUAAAUUUAAAAUUUUAUUGAAAGAAAUGGAAAAUUUAAUAUUAAUGAAGAAGUUAAUUAAUUAUAAGAAAAUUUGACAGCGUAAUAUAAUGAAGAAGACGAUAAUAAAGAUAUUUUAGAAUAAGAAAAUCAAAAAUAAAAAGAAGAAAAAGAAAAAGAUCUAAAAAGAUAAUAAGAAGAAGAAAAUAAAAUCAAACUUGAAAAAAUAAAAAAUCAAGAAAGAGAAAAACUUGAUGAAAGAUCUUACACUUUAAGAUAAUAUUUAGCUGAUAAUAUAGUUCCUUAUUUGACUGAAGCAUUAAUAGAAUUAUGUAAAACAUAAACAAAUGAUCCUGUUGAUAAACUUGCAGAUUUAUUGCUAAGUAAAAGUUAAGAAGAGUCUUAUAUAGAAAACUUAUUAUAAAUUUAAAUAAAUUGA